AUGGCCCUACAGGAAUUCUUUGCUAAACAUAAGCAAUAUAGAGAUAAGGACUUCUACAUUACCGGGGAGUCGUAUGCUGGUCAUUACAUACCCGCCAUAGCUCAUAAAAUAUGGCGAGAAAAUACUCGAGGGACCGAACCUAAUAUUAACCUUCGUGGACUAGCCAUCGGGAAUGGAUGGAUGAAUGCUGCACUCCAAGUUCUCGAUUACCCCCAUAUGGCCUUCGAAAGCUGUACUGCUCCCCACAUCGCCACCUACAAGGAAUACGUGGCGCAGACUGGAGCAGCAUGGCAAUGCUCGAGUGAAAUAAGACAGUGCCUGUCAGGCUGCCGCUCGUUCUGCGAGAAUGCUACAACUUGUAUCUUUGGCGCCACCUUUGCCCCCUUGAACAGACGAGGCAUCGACGUAUACGACAUGAGGAUUACUCACACGGAUGGUAACUCAGAUGGACUAGACUUCAGCUUCGUAAAGUAUCUGAACAGGAGGGAUGUGCAGAGGAAGCUUGGAGUAAACAAGAGAUUCGGGACUUGCUCUUAUGCGGGGGACUUCGAGAUUGAUAGGAUCAUGCCAUUCGAGACACUUCUACCCGACGUGCUUGAUGCCGGAAUCAGGGUUCUUCUGUAUGACGGAGAUCAAGAUUUCAUCUGUAACUGGAUUGGCUACGAGCACGUGGCGGAUGCGAUGGAGUGGCCGGGCCGUCAAUCUUUCAUCAACGCUCCCCGCUAUGAGUAUGAGGAUGAUAGCGGAAUCUCGAUUGGUAAAUUCCGCAGUGCCACCUAUCAGGAGAGUGGGAUGUUCAGCUUCUUCCAAGUGUACCGUGCUGGCCAUUUUGUGCCCACCGACCAACCCAAGGCUGCCCUGCUCAUGAUCAACGAUUUCAUCUACGGUAUUUUCGGACCAGAUUCUCCAAGAGCCACACCAGUCGGAGCUCUAGGCGGUUCGUGAACUCUAAGAGCGGUCUCGCACACUUUUCUUUCUGCGAGUCUCUUGGAUGUGUAUCGAGUGAAUCUUCUUGGAUAACUUGUUC